AUGAAUAACAAAUAUUUAACGGAAACUGAACGUGACCUUAUAUAUAAUAAACCUCCUUAUGAUCUAACCCUCACAAUUGAAGAAUUAACAAAUCCUGCUAAGAAAAAUACAAAUAAUUAUGAUAAAAUACCACGACCACAAAAUAGGUGGAUUAUAUUUCGAAAAAAUUAUGAGGCUAAUAUACGUCUAUGUAGUCCUGUUAAGCAAAGAGUUAAACAUACAGCAAAGGAAUGCAGUUCAAAAUGGAAAAAGCUAUCAAGCGAAGUCAAGCAUUUCUUCAAAAUAUUGGAAAAAUUAGCUUAUGAGAAUCAUAAGCUAAUAUAUCCUAAUUAUAAAUAUAAACCAAAAUCGAAAAACUCAAGCCGUAAAGAAUUUAUUUUUCGAGAACAAAAAAGAUAUGUAUCUAUUCCGCCAGCUAAGUCUAGUGUAAUAGCUUUCAAUAAACCUCAAGAGCCCGUACAAAUCGAUAAGCUGCCAUAUUUAACUCCAAAUUCUCUUCAAGAACCAACACAAAUUGACGGGCCGCCAUAUUUAACUUCCAAUUCACCUGAACUAAUGCAAAUCGACGGGCCACCACCUUUGACCCUAGCAAUUUCGACAGCCAUUUAUAAUAAUCAAGAUCAUACUAAUAACUUUACGACAUUUAACUAUAAUCAAGAUUAUAGUAAUGACUGUACAACAACCAUUUAUAGUCAACAAGACUAUACUGAUAACUCUACGACAGCCAUAUCGAUAUAUAAUCAGCAAGAUUAUACUAAUGAUUUAGCUCAAAAUGUGAUCGACAACGUGUUCAAUAAUGAUAAAUUGAACUAUAACGAUAAUCAAUCUCCUAUUUUCUUCGCUGAAAGUACCAAUAAUGGUGAUAAUAAUAAUGAUUCACUUAAUAUUUCUUCAAUAACACCACUGAUAUCUUCACCCUUAUCGCAAUCACAAUCAUCCUCACAACUAUUCAUGACAAAAUAUAAUUCAUGUCAUUUUUGA